AUGGACGCUUUUGGGAGCAAAAUGCAUUUGAAACUAGCAAGAAACACGCAAUUGGUGAAACCUGGCCUGGAGCUUGAGACGCGACAUGAUAACGGUGACGUUACAAGGACGCCUGUCCAGUCCGACUCAUUUUUUCAUGGAAGAGAAAUUUCUGAUCCAAACUCUUUUGUGGCUUUGAGCAAUGCAAGAGGACUGACAGGAAUGAUAUCUUUAUCGAAUGAUACGUUCUUCAUCCAUCCACUUCCUAACCAUCUGGCAAAACACGUGACUAUCAGAAACGCCGCCAAGCCACACCUUGUUUACAGAAAAUCAGCAACAUCCCCACACUGCCUUGAUUCAUCAGGUGUUGCUUCGAGCUCCACAGAAUCGGGCAAGAAUUACGACAUAUUCAGUAGAACUUCACCUACGGAACUCGUCGCCCACAAGUACUUGCAGGCUGCACUGAUAGUGGAUGAGAAUGUGGAAGCUAGACAUGGAAACGAGACUGCGCACUUUUUGUUAGUUUUGGCUAACAUAGUUUCUGGAUCGUUCCGCGACAAUUCUAUCGGGAAAAUUAAAAUUAAUUUUCUUAUCAGCCGUCUUGUCAUUAUUACUAACAAAGAGAGUGACUAG